CUCAAAUAUUUGUAGCUAUUUCAGCCGCAGUGAAUCCACAGCUGUUGAAAAAAAAUAUACUAAAAAGCAAUUGGCCUUUAAAAUACGGAUAAAAGUUUUACAAUGAUAAUGGACUUAAGGCCCAACAUCCCUUUCCCCUGCCCCUACAGACGAGACGUGACAAUCUCCGUUUCGUCUUUUUUCCGACAAUCGUCUCAGCUGCGGAUCGACGCCGUAGAUUAUUAAAUCCCCCGAGUCCUCGUAUCUGAAGCCCAUCAUCUUUUAGGUAUCUUCUGGUCUUGAUUCGUGUUAGUUGAUGGACUCUGUAAGUGUUUAUGAAGUGUAUAUAUACAAAAAACCAAAGAACCUGUUGUGGGAAAUGGAACAAGAAGAAGCAGAGAGAAGCACCACCACUGUUGCUGCAUCAACCUCUGAAGGUUCGGGUUUAGAUCCGAUAGCACGAGUGAGGAGGCUCUUGUUCCGCCAGAUGCUCGUUGGAAUCGAAGACGGGAGAUUCUUCCUUGGCAGUUUCCACUGCAUUGACAAACAAGGGAACAUACUUCUCCAAGACGCCGUGGAGUAUCGCAGCGUAAGAAGAUCGUCGUCUCCUUCGCCUACCGAACAGCGUUGUCUUGGUAUGAUCCUUAUCCCUGCCUCUUGCAGGACCUCCUGCCAUGUCGAUUGCUCUGUCGAGGAACAGCUUUCGUUGAUCCAGCUUAAAGAGUAGAGAGAGUCUCGAGAGAUUGCGUCAACAAAACACUAGUCUUUUAUUAUGGAUUUUGAUCUCUUCGAUCAUUAUGCAUAAAAAGAAGAAAAAAAUGUAUUCCAUGUCAUUGUAUGUUUCACAUACAUGCAUAAGAAACCCUUUUGGAAAUGUUUUUGUAUUUACAUUUAGAAGACAAAAAGGUCUUAAACUUUACAAAUUGUAUUAUCAACAACAAUAUGAAAAAAAAAAAUUCAAAGUA